AUGGCCCGGCCGCCGCCCCGCAGCCCGCCGUCGCCGAUGCUGCUGCUGCUCCCGCUGCUGCUGCUGCUGCUGCUGGGCCCCGGCCCGGCAUCCGGGAGAUCACAUGUGUACCGCCGGGGGAUCCUGGAACUGGCCGGAACCGUGAGCUGCGUUGGCAACCGAACACCCAUCGCCUACCUGAACUACGGCUGCUAUUGUGGCCUGGGAGGGUACGGCAAGCCCCGGGAUGCCAUCGACUGGUGCUGCCAUCACCAUGACUGCUGCUACUCGCGAGCAGAGCAGGCGGGCUGCAGCCCCAAGAUGCAGCGCUACUCCUGGGAAUGCAUCAACCGGACCAUCCAGUGCGGACCGGCAGAAAAUAAGUGUCAAGAACUACUGUGCAAGUGUGAUGCAGAGAUUGCUUACUGCCUGGCAGGGACUGAGUACCACCUAAAAUACCUCUUCUAUCCCCAGUUCCUGUGUGAAGCUGACUCACCCGCCUGUGACUGACUGAGUGGCGGGACCAGUCUAGUCUGCCCAAGGAAAUAAAGCUGCUUUUCACUACUAAACAACGGCAUCCAGUUUUCUCAGAAGGCAAUUGAGGCCAAGUGAUAAAGCUGCAAGCCUGUGUUUGCUCUCUCGCUCUCUCUUCUUCCAUCCUGGAACUCAAGACUCGCC